CGCAGCGGCUGAGUCCCGCCUGUCAGUCCGUCGCCAUUUGCUGUUUGUUUACACUUGUGUCCUCGAGCCUCUGAGAGCCUCCCACGCCCUUUUUUGAAUGAAACUGUAUGAAUUGAGGGGCUAGGGAUCCUUUCGGGAGUUGUAAAUAUAAACAAGAAAGAUGUUUGGGUUUAUGAAGAAAGACAAGGACAAGGAGGAUGAGAAGAAGAAGAAAAAAGACAAAAAGGACCGCAAGGAGGCCAAGCGAUCCAAAGACAGAGCCACGCUGACUUUAGAUGAGCUCAAGAGACUAGAUGAAGCCCGACGCAGUCUCAUUGGGAAGAGCAGGAAGAAGAAGGAGGACAAACUGCCGAGUGGCAUCACAGCAGACUACAUGGAGCAGUUCAGGUCUGGCCUGGGCAGUGAUCAGUCUGAGGUGGAUUUGAGCUCAGCUGGAACCUUUCAGGAGCUGAGAGAGCGCUAUGAAGCCAUGGCAUCAGCCUCAAGCCUCCAUAGUGACUCGAGCAGCGAUGGGAUCUCGCUGAGAUCUGGCUCUGGUCUUCCUCCAAGGCCUCCCAAGAGAGGGAUUCUAAAAGGCCGUGCCGAUGGGGAAGGUACGGAGUACCAGGGCGUCAAAGGGGACAUUGAUGACGAGUCUAGCCUGCUUCAAAACACUAUGCAAAAUGAAUUAAUAAUGUAUGAAAAUCUCCUGCAGGAAAAAGGGAUAGUGGAAGCCCAGAGACUGUCAAUCACGUCCUUAACGAGUCCCCGUAGAGUGUCUAAUGGGUCAGCCCCUGUGAGCCCAAGAAGCCCCCCGCAGAAGGUCAUGAGCCCCAUACAACCCCCACACCCCAAGUUCAUAGUGGAGCAUGCGCCCCCUGAGGUGCCCGACCCCACUAGUCCCCCUCCUACACCCACCAGUCCUAUUCCUGUAGGAGAGAGUGUUGGCCAUCAUCACACCAAGACCUUUGCCGUAGACCUAAGACUACCAGAACUAGUGCCUCCGCAGCCUCCAGCACCACGCACCCUCACCAUCCCUCGCUCGCCAGCAGGAGACUUUGGCUUCUCACUGAGGAGGGCCCAGGUUGUGGAGCGAGGUCCUGACAACUCUGAGACCAGGCGCACUAUUGUCUUUGCUGAGCCAGGUGCUAUUGGAAGGGCUAAUGUGACUGGGCUCCUACCUGGUGACCGGCUACUGCAGGUCAAUGGCAUUAGUGUAGAAAAUAAGAUACGCGAUGAGAUAAUUGAACUAAUCAAGGCAUCACCCGACUGUGUCACACUUGUGGUCCAGCCGGUGGCGGAGUUGGUGGAACUGUCGGUGCGUCAGUCGGUGGACGGGCGCGAGCUGACCCUCCACCCCGACCAAAUCCAGAGCGGCACCCUCAAGAGGUCACCCUCCAAGGGAAUCGUACAUCAAGUGCCUACAUUCACACUGCGCUCUACGCUAUACAUCCCGCGAUAUGAGGGCUUGGCAAGGCGUCUCUCGCGCGGGUACGGACUUGGGCAAGACUUGGGCGGGAUGAAUGCCUCGGUGCCAACUCUUAUGACAGGAUUAAAGCCACUUGGAGGACACGGCCUGGCGUCGCUAUGCAAUCGGGAAAUGUUGCUCGACGGUCGAACGGUUUUGGCGCUGAUAAGAUAG